CUGCGGCGCCUGCUGCAGUUCGAGGUCGAGGCGACGACGCAGCGGCGCCGGUUUUUACGCUACGUCAUGCACGAGGUCCGCGUGCCGCUGAACGCCGUGCGCCUCGGCGUCCGCGCGAUCAGCGACUACAUCCAGGAGGUCGUCGAGGUCGUCGAGGCGUCGAUCUCGUGCAUGUCGGAGACGCUCGACGACGUGCUGUCGUUCGCGUCCAUCGAGGAGGGCCGCUUCACGCUCCACCGCAAGCCCUUCGCGGUGCGGGACCUCGUGGACCAGGCGGUGGCGACGCACGCGCCGUCGGCGCGCGAGCGGGGCGUCGCGCUCGUGACGCGCGUCGACGACCGGCUCCUCGACGCGUGGUUCGACGGCGACGCGCGGCGCCUCGGCGCGUGCGUGUCCAACUUCGUGUCCAACGCCCUGAAAUUCACGCCGGAGGACGUGGACCGGCCGCGCGUCGCCGUGAGCGUCGGGCUGAGCGACGACGAGGCGCCGCGCGACCCCGCCGUGCCCGUGGCCAUGGUCCGCGUCUCCGUCGCCGACGACGGCGUCGGCAUCGCGCCGGCGGACCAGCGGCGGCUCUUCCAGGCCUUCUCGCAGAUCCGCGCGGGGGAGCUCCAGCAGGGCCGCGGGUCGGGCCUGGGGCUGGCGAUCUCGCGGGAGAUCGUGCAGCUCCACGGCGGCACCAUCGGCGUCGUUUCCGACGUCGGCCGGGGCUCCGAGUUCUACUUCGUGAUCCCGCUGCCCGUCGUCGACGCGGCGCCCUCGCGGACGCCCUCGGCGACGGACCUGAGCCGGCCGCCGAGCGCGGGGGACCUCGCGGGCGCCGCGGCGCACGCGGUCCCGGCGGCGCUCCCGGCGCCGCGGAAGCGGCGCCGCGGCCGCCGCGCGCUCGUCGUCGACGACGUGUCGAGCAAUCGCAAGCUCAUCGCCUUCCACGUGCGGAAGUUGGGGUUCGAGGUCGAGCUCGCCGAGGACGGCGCGGAGGCCGUCGCCGCGCACUCGCGGAAGCGCGCGCGGACCGGCGGCGGCGCGGCGCCCCAGGACGCCGCCGACGACGGCUUCGACCUCAUCCUCAUGGACAGCGUCAUGCCCGUCAUGAACGGCCUCGACGCGACGCGCGCGAUCCGCGCGGCCGGCUGCGACGCGCUCAUCGUCGGCGUCACGGGCAACGCGCUCGCGGAGGACAUCGCCGCCUUCGUCGCGGCCGGCGCGAACUGCGUCGUCACGAAGCCCGUCUCCGUCGCCCAGCUCAAGGACGAGCUCGCGAAGUACGGCCUCGCGGACUAA